UAUCUAAGUGCAAUGCAUAUUUAUUUGCAAAAGAGAUCAUGGAUAUUACAAAUCGGCUACUAGAUGAAAAUGUUUUAAUAACUCUUUGUGUUAUUAUUCACCUUUAACAAGCACCAACAUCAAAAAAAAAAAAAAAUGUGCAGCGUAUAUCUGUUUGCGUUGUAGUUGCUACUUUAUGAUUGCCUAAUACACAGUUCCCGAUGCUCGUGGAUGAUGUAAUGGUUACGGUCUCCCAUUGAAUGGGCAUAAGCUACCUUUUGAUUUCUCCUGCCGCUCCAUGCAUGUGCCUGCCGCCUAGCAGCCAAUGGGUGGGUAAUUCCUUUCAAGAGACGAUCCACCAGAACCUGCUAAUAUGGCGAUCCAGACCACCUUGGCACCGCCCCGGAAGGCCCAGCCGGGGGCAGCGAAGUCCAGCCUGGUCCAGGCCAGCGUCACGGCCAUGCAGAGCCCCUCGGCGGCCGCCGGCGACGCCAAGGCCAACGGCCACUGCCCCCUGCCGCGCCUCUCCAUCUCCUCGCGCUCGGCCAGCGUGGUGGCCAGCAUGGACGCCGGCUACGAGGGGGCGGAGGCGGCGCUCCACUCGGUGAUGAAGUGGAAGACGGUGCUGGGCGUGUUCGUGGUGGUCCUGCUCUACCUGGUGUGCGGGGGGCUGGCCUUCAGGGCCCUGGAGCAGCCGUUCGAGAGCCACCAGAAGGACAGCAUCACCCACGAGAAGUCGGAUUUCCUCAAAAAGCACUCCUGCGUGACCCCCGACGAGCUGGAGGCCCUCAUCCAGCAUUCUAUAGACGCUGUGAAUGCCGGAGUGAGUCCCAUCGGAGACACAUCCUACAAUUCCAGUUACUGGGACCUUGGCAGUGCCUUCUUCUUUGCCGGGACCGUCAUCACAACCAUAGGCUAUGGGAAUAUCGCACCGAGCACAGAAGGUGGGAAGAUAUUCUGUAUCCUAUACGCCAUCUUCGGCAUCCCACUGUUUGGGUUCCUGCUGGCCGGGGUCGGAGACCAGCUGGGCACUAUCUUUGUGAAAAGUAUCUUGAGAGUCGAGAAGAUCUUCAGGCAAAAACACAAGCAGAUCACCCAGAUGAAGAUCAGGGUGGUUUCCACCAUCCUCUUCAUCCUGGCCGGCUGCAUCGUCUUCGUCACCAUACCUGCUGUAAUCUUCAAACACAUUGAGGGCUGGAGCACCCUGGAGUCCCUCUACUUUGUUGUCAUCACCCUCACCACCAUCGGAAUAGGAGACUAUGUCGCAGGCGGAGACCGGAGGAUCCAGUACAAGCCUUGGUACAAGCCUCUGGUGUGGUUCUGGAUCCUGGUGGGCCUGGCUUAUUUCGCCGCUGUUCUCAGCAUGAUCGGGGACUGGCUGCGAGUGCUGUCCAAAAAAACCAAGGAAGAGGUGGGGGAGAUCAAGGCUCACGCCGUGGAGUGGAAGGCCAACGUGCGCGCCGAGUUCCGGGAGACGCGGCGGCGGCUGAGCGUGGAGAUCCACGACAAGCUGCAGCGCGCCGCCACCAUCCGCAGCAUGGAGCGGCGGCGCCUGGGCCUGGAGCAGCGCGCCCAGUCCCUGGACAUGCUGUCCCCCGAGCGCCGGGCCGUGUUCACCAGCCUGGACGGCGGCCGCUUCAAGACGUCCUCCCAGGAGAGCAUCGACACCAAGCUCCACAACCUGCGGCUGAAGGGCGCCGGGGAGCACCACCCCUGCGGCCCCCUCGAGCCGCCGCGACCGCCGCAGCCCGUGACGACCGCCGCCGACGCCGCGACGCUCUCGGCGACGACGAUGGCGACGGCGGUGCCCAGCUGUUCUUCGUCGUCCUCCCCUUCGUCGUCGGAGGAGAACCUGUUUGGCCUGCGCUUCGGCUCGCUCACCAAGCUGGUGAAGCGCCCACGCCACUGCGAGCCCAAGAGGGUCAUCCCGGAGGACGUGCGGCGCAUGUGCGAGGCCAUGAGCGAGGGAGGGGGCGAGGGGAGAGGGGGAGCCAUGCUGGGGGAGGAGGUGGAGAGGCUGGAGGAGGAGGGGGAGGACAGGGGGGAGGUGGAGGAGGAAGAGGAGGAGGAGGAGUCGGGUGACGUGGAGGAAGGGGGAGGGGAGAGGAGGAUGGAGAACAGCAGCAUGACGAACCUGUCGCGCUACGCCAUGGAGCGCUGCCAGCUGAACGCCAUGCUCAUGCAGGCGUGCGCCACAGAGGAGGAGUUGUGAUAGGGGGAGGAAAAACGUAGUUUAGACGUAGAUAGACAUAUAGAGUUAGGGAGAGGGAGAGGGGGAGAGAGAUUAUUAGCAGAGAAUAAGUGAGGGAAUGCAGAACCGAGGGCAGAUCCAUUCAGAUGUCAAGGAGAAAUGUGCCUUUUUUAGUUUUUUCCUAAACGUCCAGAUACGGGAGUGCUCAGAAAGACUUUUGUGAGGGUCUCUGUGCCAUAAAGCCAUGGGAAUCUACUGUGUCGCCAAAAAGAAAAGAAAGGAAAGGGUAGAGAAAGCGUAGACACGUGGGUGAGAUACCUUGUUUCUCAGUUCACGAACGAACAACGUGUUCCUUGCAUUUCAUAACUUUCCCCAGCCUUCACCAACCUUCCUCCUCCUCGCCUCUUGCCUCUUGCUUGGCCUUGGCAGCCAUGGUGAUUUUUUUUUUUAAUAUAUUCGAUGUAACAAUGUAAGCAGGAGGACCCACUGCCCUUGUGACAUGGUUCUUCAGAACAUGCUAUCGAUCCCCGCCUUUGCAUCUCGUACCGUGUGGAGCUAUUUUUAGCUUUGUCUGCAUAUGCUACAAAAUAGCCCCAUGGUCUAACAAACACAGUCGUUUACAUUAUGUUUUCUGCUGGAUUAAUACACUUGAUGUGCAUUCACCCAUCUAAACCGACAUUUACGAUUAUUCCUUCAUGCUGUGGAACGUUUUUUGUUUCAAAGCCUUAGGAUAUGAAAUGCUAAUUUAAAAGAUUGCAGGAAUCUCUUUUCCUGGUCUUUAUUGUGCAUGGUUGUUGUACAUGAAGCUCUUACCCAAAUGCAGUCCAAUAUGUACCUGCUUUCAAGAAAUCUUGGGAGUAAUAGCAGUGCUUACUGUCAGACUUUGGUCGAUCUGAAAUCACUGAUAUUCCGUUUUCUUUUUACUUAAAUGUUUUUCUCCUGGUUUUAUAACCAGGAGAUUUCAAAUUAUUGAGAUCUAUUUCUUCAUUUCAUUCACGAUUCGCUCACCAUGACUUCUAAGGGCUGGAGUCCAGGGGAAAAAAACAUUGUCUUAGUAAGACUCAUAUUCUCCACGUUACGUUAUGUUGUUUCUUGAAGCUUCUCGCCAACAACACAAUUCUCCUUAUUUGUUUAAUAAUUGAUUUUAAUUUCCCCUCACCAGUAAUGUCAAAAACAGCUGUAUGAUUGCCUAUUUUUAUUAUUAAUGAAUGUUAUGCGAUCCAUUUUGUACACACAAAGCAUGUUUUCCCCUAUAUUUGUGACACUUAAAACUUAGCUUCCCUAUUUUGUAUGAUAUAGCAAUGGAAAUUGUAAGGAAAUAUAAGUUGACAACAACAACACCUUGACAUCGUGUUUAAAUGUAUCUGUCCACAACAAAAAUGUGUGGUCAGAAGAGCAAGGAUGUUAAUGCAAGGAUGCUCAUGUUCAUGUUGAAUUGUAUGUUCUCUAUUUUUCCCUAAAGCUUUAUCCAAUGAGAAACUGGCCUUUUGCGUUUCCAAUGCAUUUAAAAUGGUAGGUAAGGAUGCCACUGUCCAUUGCCUUCAUGGGAUGCAACAUGAGCAUGUAUCAUUGGCCUAUGAUGCAUGUGUUCAUAAAGGAGAAUACAGUUUGUACUGACGAUCUAUAUUCAUGAUAUAAAUGGUAUUUGCCUGUCCAUGAACCAUCAUCGGUGAUAAGUUGAUCUUGUCCAGACUAUGAGUUAUUUAUUAGGUAUUCAAAGAGUAUCUGUGGAUACCUAUUGUUAUUUUAUAUUACAUCAUUUAAUUUUAUAUGAAAUGUAGUGAUUACAUGAAAUGUAGUGAGUGCCUUUUCACUGAAUAAAUAUAAAAUGAUAACGAA